GAGCUUAGAAUUAUUAUUUGGAAGCAGGCACAGAGAGAGGAGAGACCAGACAGAGAGACUGGAAAGCAAGCCGGAGGUUAGAAAAGGGGGGCAGAAUAGCGUAAGAUAGACCGUACAGAAUCAAGAAUCUCCACACACACACACAAAUUGCUGUUUUGAUUUUGUUUCUGUGUCUUGUUAGCUUUCUGCUCUUCUUUACCAACUAUUCUUCUCCUUUUUUAUUUAUUCUGUUAUUCUCCCUAUACAACAAGCCCCACCCACCCAGCCUUACUAAUUUCACUUCUUCUGCGUGUUUUCUACGGUCUAUCCAACGCUAAUCUCCUUCCCAUUUACUUCCAUCUUUGUUUCUUGCCUCGUCUCUAUUCACAGUUUGCUUAUCAAGUGGUGUGGCUACGGAACAACGAUAAUUGCUUGCUUCUUACAUCAUGGAUGAUAAUGGUGAUGAAGCUAGUAAUAGUAAUAGGAAGAUAGCAUCAUCCUCUUACUGGCUAGAUGCUUGCGAGGAGGACAUGUGUUGUGAUGAUCUCAUUACUUUUCCUAGUGAUUUUCAUCCUCCCCCUCCACCUGUCUCUUCUUCUUUAGACCAGCAACCAGAAGAUUCCGUUCUCGAUCCUUGCUUCUUUGGUGGCAUAGAUGGGAUUCUUGACAGUAUUAGGAAAGGUGCUGGCUUUACCCCUCCUCCCCCUCAAUCCCAAUUCAACAAUGAAUUGGAGAUGGAGGAGGUGGACAAGUCGUUUCACAGUAAUGAUGAAACCAUCAUACACUUAAAUCACAGCUUCUUACCCGAUGAUAAUGCACUUGCAACAAGCAAGGCACUGCCGGUUAAAUCAACACAUGAAAGUUAUUCUUCUUCUGUACUAAACAAUGACCAUAAUAAAGUUUCUUCAACUCAUCCCCCAGAUGUGAAUUGUGUCAAGUGGCAGACUGAUGAAGCUCACCACCGUUCCUCUGGUAUCAUCCACCGCGCGGACAGAAUUGACAAAAAGCCCCAGCUUCACCAUCAGCAGGAUCACUACCUGGCCAGAAAGAAUAAAAAUAAUAACCACAAUCCUAGAGAGAGGAAAAGGUCCCGUGACUGGGAAGAAUCUGAUAGGAGAGACAGGUCUCGAAUUCGGAGAAGUGAAAGAAACAAUGGAUCUGUUAAUGGCAAAAAGGAUUUUAGGGAGAACAGGGGUUAUUGGGAAAGGGAUCGGUCCAAGGGUUCUGGUGAGAUGGUUUAUCGCCCUGGUUCAUGGGAACCCGAUCAAACAAGAGAGUUUAAGGCGCUCUCAAAUAAAACACAUGACAAUAGUGGAGAAGUCAAGAAAGCUAUAGAGCCCAAAGAGAAAGUUAUAGAGGAGCAUGCCCGCAAGUACCAGUUAGAUGUUCUUCAACAAGCUGAAAAUAGGAAUACUAUAGCUUUUUUGGAAACUGGGGCCGGUAAGACCCUCAUUGCUGUACUACUUAUCAAAAGCCUUUGCAGCCGACUGCAAAAGAUAAACAAGAAAUUUCUUGCAGUAUUUUUGGUUCCCAAGGUUCCUCUGGUUUAUCAGCAAGCUGAGGUCAUUCGUGACCGAACUGGGUACCAAGUUGGUCAUUACUGUGGUGAGAUGGGUCAAGAUUUCUGGGAUGCACGUAGGUGGCAGCAUGAAUUUGAAACAAAACAGGUUUUGGUGAUGACAGCUCAGAUCCUUUUGAAUAUUUUAAGGCACAGCAUAAUAAAGAUGGAGUCUAUUAAUCUCUUGAUUUUGGACGAGUGUCAUCAUGCUGUAAAGAAACAUCCCUAUUCAUUAGUGAUGUCUGAGUUCUACCACACAACACCCAAGAUGAAGAGGCCAUCAGUUUUUGGGAUGACUGCUUCUCCUGUUAAUUUGAAGGGGGUAUCCAGCCAAGAGGAUUGUGCGAUAAAAAUACGUAACCUUGAAACCAAAUUAGAUUCCAUUGUGUGCACCAUAAAAGACCGCAAGGAGCUGGAAAAACAUGUACCGAUGCCUUCAGAAACUGUAGUGCUGUACGACAAAGCAGCAAGUUUGUGCUACCUCCAUGAACAAAUAAAACAAAUGGAAGUAGCAGUUGAACAAGCUGCUCUAUCAAGUUCCAGAAGAAGUAAAUGGCAAUUUAUGGGAGCAAGAGAUGCCGGGGCCAAGGAACAACUUCGCCAAGUUUAUGGCGUCUCUGAAAGAACAGAGAGUGAUGGAGCUGCAAAUUUGAUUCAAAAGCUUAGAGCUAUAAAUUAUGCACUUGGUGAACUCGGGCAGUGGUGUGCUUUUAAGGUCGCACAAUCUUUUUUGACAGCUUUACAAAAUGACGAAAGGGCAAACUACCAACUUGAUGUGAAAUUCCAGGAAACUUAUUUGGACAAAGUCGUCUCUCUGUUGCAGUGCCAGCUAUCAGAGGGUGCUGUACCAGAUAACUUGGAAGAUGCACUUAAAAAUGGAGUGGAUGUAGGUGGCCUUGAUGAGGAGGUAGAAGAAGGAGAGCUUCCUGCAAGUCAUGUUGUCUCUGGUGGGGAGCAUGUAGACGUGAUUAUAGGAGGUGCUGUGGCUGAUGGAAAAGUAACCCCAAAGGUCCAGUCGUUAGUUAAAAUACUUCAUAGAUAUCAGAGCACUGGCGAUUUUCGUGCAAUCAUCUUUGUUGAGCGUGUAGUUACAGCCUUGGUUCUUCCAAAGGUAUUCGCAGAGCUUCCAUCUUUAAGUUUUAUCAGGUCAGCAAGUUUAAUUGGACAUAACAAUAGUCACGAGAUGAGGACUUCACAGAUGCAGGAUACUAUUUCCAAAUUUCGGGAUGGUCGUGUGACAUUGUUAGUUGCCACCAGUGUUGCUGAGGAAGGCCUUGAUAUUCGGCAAUGUAAUGUUGUCAUUCGAUUUGACCUUGCCAAAACGGUUUUGGCGUACAUCCAAUCACGGGGGCGUGCUAGAAAACCCGGAUCAGAUUACAUAUUGAUGGCUGAGAGAGGAAACUUGUCACACGAAGCAUUUCUACGGAAUGCCAGAAACAGUGAGGAGACUUUACGGAAAGAAGCAAUCGAGAGAACUGAUCUCAGUCAUCUCAAAGACAACUCUAGAUUAAUUUCUGCUGACUCCUCCCCAGGUUCAUUCUACCAAGUGGAAUCUACCGGUGCCAUCGUAAGCUUGAAUUCUGCUGUUGGGCUUAUCCAUUUUUACUGCUCCCAACUGCCAAGUGACAGGUACUCAAUACUUCGUCCAGAAUUCAUCAUGGAGCGUCAUGAGAAGCUAGGAGGUCCCCCUGAAUAUUCUUGCAGGCUUCAACUCCCCUGCAAUGCACCAUUUGAAAACCUUGAGGGCCCUAUUUGCAUCUCAAUGCGUGUUGCACAACAGGCCGUUUGCCUGCUUGCUUGCAAGAAGCUCCACGAGAUGGGGGCAUUUACUGAUAUGCUCUUACCCGACAAGGGAAGUGGUGGAGAUGGCGAAAAACCAGAACAAAAUGAUGAAGAUGCUCUUCCUGGAACUGCUAGGCAUAGAGAAUUCUACCCUGAAGGCAUAGCUAAUAUUCUUGAGGGACAAUGGAUCUUAUCCGGCACUGAUGGCCGUUACAGUUCAGAAUUGGUUCACCUUUAUAUGUACGCUUUAAGAUGUUCAAAUGUUGGUUCCUCAAAAGAUAAUCAUAUAACCAAUGUUUCUGAGUUUGCUGUGAUUUUCGGCAAAGAGCUGGAUGCAGAGGUGUUAUCGAUGUCAAUGGAUCUCUUUGUUGCUCGAACCAUGAUAACCAAGGCAUCUCUUGUGUUUCAAGGGCCUAUAGAAAUCACAGAGAACCAGUUGGUAUCUCUGAAGAGCUUUCAUGUAAGACUAAUGAGCAUUGUUCUGGAUGUGGAUGUUGAACCGGCUACCACCCCAUGGGAUUCUGCCAAGGCAUAUCUUUUUGUCCCAUUAUUGAGCAACAAGUGUAGGAAUCUAGGUGAAGAGAUCGACUGGAAUCUAGUAGAACAAAUUGUUAAGACAGAUGCCUGGAACAAUCCCCUUCAGAGAGCUCGGCCAGAUGUUUACCUUGGUACAAAUGAGCGAACACUUGGAGGAGAUCGAAGGGAAUAUGGUUUUGGGAAGUUACGCCAUGGAAUGGCAUUUGGACAGAAAUAUCAUCCCACCUAUGGUAUAAGGGGAGCUGUUGCACAAUUUGAUGUUGUGAAAGCAUCAGGCCUACUUCCUAAUCAAGGUAUUGUUGAAAUGCCAAAUCAUAUGAAUCUCACCAAGGUGAAGUUGAUGAUGGCUGAUUCGUACACCACUCCAGAAGAUCUGGUUGGAAGAAUUGUUACUGCUGCUCAUUCCGGGAAAAGGUUUUAUGUCGAUUCUGUACGUUCUGAUAUGACAGCGGAGAACUCAUUCCCAAGGAAAGAAGGAUAUCUUGGUCCUCUAGAAUACAGCUCAUAUGCUGAUUAUUAUAAGCAAAAGUAUGGAGUUGACUUGAAGUGUAAGCAACAACCUCUGCUAAGAUGUCGAGGUGUUUCAUACUGCAAGAAUCUUCUCUCCCCGCGAUUUGUACAUUCUGAAGCUCAUGAUGGUGAAUCUGAAGAGGCUUUGGACAAAACAUACUAUGUUUACCUCCCUCCCGAGUUAUGUUUCGUACAUCCUCUUCCUGGUUCACUAGUUCGAGGUGCUCAAAGGUUGCCCUCAAUAAUGAGAAGAGUAGAGAGCAUGCUGCUUGCAGUCCAGCUCAAGAAUAUGAUUGGCUAUUCCGUUCCUUCUUUAAAAAUCUUGGAAGCCUUGACUGCAGCUUCUUGUCAGGAGCCUUUUUGCUAUGAAAGAGCAGAGCUACUUGGAGAUGCUUAUCUAAAAUGGGUAGUGAGUCGGUACCUAUUUCUUAAGUACCCCCAAAAGCAUGAAGGCCAGUUAACUAGGAUGAGACAACAGAUGGUGAGUAACAUGGUACUGUACCAAUUUGCAUUAAACAAGGGACUUCAGUCAUAUAUUCAAGCAGAUCGAUUUGCUCCAUCAAGAUGGUCUGCUCCGGGGGUACCGCCCGUGUUUGAUGAGGAUACUAAGGAAGAAGACCUGCCCUUUCCUGAUCAAGAAAGGGUGCUGGAUACAUAUUUAUCAGGAAUAGACUCCUCUAAAGGUAUUUCUGAAGAUGAUGAAAUGGAAGAUGGUGAACUCGAGAGUGAUUUGAGCUCUUACCGAGUUCUCUCUAGCAAAACACUGGCUGAUGUUGUUGAAGCACUAAUCGGAGUCUAUUAUGUUGAAGGUGGGAAGAUUGCUGCAAACCAUCUCAUGAAAUGGGUCGGUAUACAAGUAGAUUUUGAUGUCAAAGAGUUAGAUUUCUCAAGUAAAGUGAGCCAUGUUUCAGAUAGUGUACUUAAGAGUGUAAACUUUGAAGCUUUGGAAGGUGCAUUACAUUUCAAGUUUAAGGACAGAGGCCUGUUAAUCGAAGCUAUUACUCAUGCUUCACGGCCAUCUUCUGGAGUAUCUUGUUAUCAGCGGUUGGAAUUUGUCGGAGAUGCUGUUCUAGAUCAUCUAAUUACAAGGCACUUGUUCUUUACGUAUACAGAUCUCCCACCUGGACGUUUAACCGACUUGCGAGCUGCUGCUGUGAACAAUGAAAACUUUGCUCGUGUUGCAGUCAAACAUAAUCUUCAUGUGCACCUUCGUCACGGUUCAAAUGCGCUUGAAAAGCAGAUACGGGACUUUGUGAAAGAGGUUCAAAAUGAGCUAUUAAAGCAAGGAUUCAACUGUUUCGGCUUAGGUGAUUGCAAAGCACCAAAAGUUCUAGGCGACAUUGUUGAGUCAAUUGCUGGUUCCAUUUUCUUAGAUAGCGGACAUGAUACUGGAGUUGUUUGGCAGGUCUUCAAGCCAUUAUUAGAACCAAUGGUCACUCCAGAAACACUCCCCAUGCAUCCAGUCCGAGAACUGCAAGAAAGGUGCCAGCAACAGGCUGAAGGUCUGGAGUACAAAGCUACUCGAAGUGGAAAUGUAGCAACUGUUGAAGUUUAUAUUGAUGGGGUCCAGGUUGGGGCUGCUCAGAAUCAGCAAAAGAAGAUGGCACAAAAAUUAGCUGCCAGGAAUGCACUUAUCGCACUGAAGGAAAAAGAAACGAUUGAAGCUGACGAGAAAAGAGACGAAGAUGGGAAAAAGGGGAAUGGAAGCCAUACAUUUACUAGGCAGACAUUAAAUGAUAUAUGCUUGCGCAGAAAUUGGCCGAUGCCUUCGUAUCGGUGUGUUAAUGAGGGUGGCCCAGCUCAUGCUAAAAAGUUUACAUUUGCUGUUCGGGUGAACACUUCAGACAGGGGAUGGACUGAUGAAUGUAUAGGAGAGCCCAUGCCAAGUGUCAAGAAAGCGAAAGAUUCAGCUGCUGUUCUUCUCUUGGAACUUUUAAACAAUUGGUAUGCAUAAUUAUGUUUAGUUUCAUUUUUCGAGAAAAGCAAUGUUGCCGCGGAGACAUUUAAAUUUUUUAAAAUAAGUACAAACACAGAGUCAUCUUCAUUUUCCCGAGUGUAUUACAGUAUAUAGAGCUAGUCAUCCUAAAGUUAUGAUGUAAUGACCUGGUCUCAGAAUUGUGGUCUACAAUUAUACUGAGAGAUGAAGUGUCUCUCUCUUGGAUAUAGAGAAAAUAUUGAGAAAACGAGCUUAUUUGUUUAAUGUGCUGAGAAAUUCAUUUUUGAUAA